GGCUGUCAUAAAUCAACGUUAAGUCGAAGAGAUUCUCUUGACUUUGUAUUGCUAUUCUACUCGUCGAACGAUUUCUCUCGUAUCCUAUCAGCAACCGUUCCGCUCCCUCAAACGAACCCUUGCCUCCUGCGGAGCACAGUAAUCACCAUCCAUCCAUCCACCAUGUCAUUCCUGGACAAGUUCAAGGCCGCAGCGACCAAAGCCGGUACACAGGCGAGCACAUUCAUUUCCGAGGCUACCGCCAAAGGGCUGCAAGAGGGGCAGGGGUUCGCACAGGGCUUCUCCCUGCCCGGAGAGGCGCAGAAAGCUGCCGGUAUCUUGGCUAGUUUCCUUGCCAGCCCCGACCACCCCGAUUCCGCACUGAACAUCAUUCCCCACCCCGUCCUCGCCCGUGCCCGCGGUCUCGCCAUCUUCCAAGUGCUGAAAGCCGGAUUCGUCUUCUCCGGCAAGGCAGGCUCCGGUAUCGUCAUCGCACGCCUUCCCGAUGGCUCCUGGUCCGCCCCAUCUACUAUCAUGACAGCCGGUGUUGGCUGGGGAGCGCAGAUCGGUGCCGACCUUACGGAUUUCGUCAUCGUCCUCAACAGCGAUGAUGCCGUGCGCGCAUUCUCCAUGGGCGGGAACGUCACCAUCGGGGGGAACAUCAGUGCCACCGCAGGCCCGAUCGGUACGGGCGGCGCGGUACAAACUGCGCUCGCUCACCCGGCACCCAUGUUCAGCUACUCGAAGAGCCGGGGCUUGUUCGCGGGCAUCUCGCUCGAAGGUGUCGUCUUGAUCGAGAGGAAGGAGGCGAAUAAGGCGUUCUAUGGCUCAGCCAUACCAGCUAAGGAUAUCCUCAGCGGCAAGGUCCCGCCUCCGGAAGUCGCGAGCAGGCUGUACGAGAUCAUCGAGGCUGCUGAGGGGCUGGGUGAGGAGGCGCUUGCUGGAGAGCAACAGUCUGAGGCCGUGUUCGACGCUUCUGAGAACUAGAGAGGAGCAGUAUUCGAGCUGCGAGACAACCUCGGAGUGUAUUUGUUCUAUGAUUCAUUGUUCUGCUUUGAUUGCUUAUGAUGCUACCUUUUACGAAAGAACGACCGGUUUGGUUCCUCCCCACUUCCAACUUUCUUCUGACUAGUAUCUACCCAGCUGGAGCUGGGAUAAACAUUGUUCCAC